AUGAGAGGCCACCGUUCUUCGAAAUGUAAUCACACCGAUCGAAUCCUCGUAAAGGUCCGUAAACCAGGAAGGCCGUUGAGCAGCUGCCCUCACACGCUGUCUUCGUCGUCUCCUGGGACCUUUGUUCAUUCGUCACCUGGCGCCAUUUCGAACGGAGGGAGUACUGCAACUAAGACGAACACCUAUGGGGAAGAAAAUGGAAGAAAUAGUUGUAGUUGUGAGAUUACAUCGGUGGCAAUUCCUAAACUUACCUCGUGUGUGUGUGGAGUUUCCGGUUCUGCCUCCAAGUCACAUGCAUCAUGCAAAACAUCAAAACCACCCUCAUGCUCCGAAGCAAGUCCCUUACCUUCACCAGUGUCGUCCCAAGGCAGCGCGGUCUUCUCUAUGAACAAGGUAACAGGGCCACGCCAUCGGGUCCAGAGGAAAAGCGUAGCUGGGGCUGAUGGAAGCACGACAAGGAGGGCGAGUUUGAUUGCGGGUGAUACUGCAAUGGAGUUUUUGUGGAAGGCACAACAGGAAGUAGGAAGCUCGGAUGUUGGGGUGGAGAAGGGAUCGAAAUAUGGUGCGAUCGGGACAAAUUUGGCGGGAGUCAAAAAACGUGGUGAUGGACGAUCGGGAUAUACUAGUGGGGCCUCUUGCGCGGGCGGGCCCGGGAACGGAUUUUCUUUAAUAGAUCCUAAGGGCCCCAUUCAAGGCCGAGAAUUCCCAGUUGCUGUUGGUGCUGCAUUUUCACCCUCAAACGGGGUUCCUGCACCAAAGCCCGAUAUUGGCAAUGGCAUGAUGCCCGCAGGUGGCUGGAGCUCGACCCUUGAUCUCCCAUUUUUUGGGGAGGUUCUUCCAACAGAUGCUCCACAUAUGGUCAAGCCUGGCGGUGGAUGCUGUAGUAGUAGCCGCUCAGCACCGCAAACUCCACAAACCAAUUUCGAUCAACGCCCAUCUACUGUUCCAAAGGUCGUGGCCUCUUACUGCAAUGGGGGAGCGGGUCGUGGUGGCAAUUUUGUCGCCAAACUAGGAUCGCCGCCAUUGCCGGUUCCCGGUUCUGAAUUUUCUACUCGUACUUCUCCACAGUACAACCCCGCUUAUGACACUACCAAUUCUUUGGAAGAAUCACUGCCGCGACCUAGUGGGCCCUCAACUGUAACUCUCACUGCCCGGGAACUUGCUUGGGUACAGUAUUUAAGAGCUACGGGGUUUUCUUCGCCACCCCCUCUGUCGGGAGCUGGGUUCCUCCCAGAUCUCCAGAUGACGAGCGGGGGCGAAGAAGGUUGUAUCAGCCACCCAUAUAACCCGCGUACUGUUGAGUAUGUGAAGGGGCUUCGUAAUUUUGCACUCGAUGAUCAAACAAUAAGUCCUUUUCACUCCCAGUCGAAUUCACCUACCCUCCCUCAAUCCCAUCUUAGCGGGUCAGUAGACGAAAUGGGGGAAGCCGGAGACCCCAUUGCUUCGGUUCACAGUCAUACUGCAACCACCAGGACGAAUAUCAACUUAAUUAUUCAGACCCCUCCACCCCCGCCAUCGCCAGAUCGGGAGAGCUCCACCGGGGCCCCUGAGAAUGGAGUCUCACCUAGUGCCUUUGUGUUGGUGGACUAUCAGAUUGGGCCGUGCUCUGAGGCUGAGACUGAAUGUAAAUGUGGGGAUGGGUGUAUUUGUCUCAACUGCUUAUCCCAUGACAAAGGCUACGGGGUGGAAAUGGCCAGAAACGCUCAGUGGGAUGCCAGUGGCCUCAACGGUGCUGAGGCAGGCAUAGUAACGGGUCCAAAUUGGUGGGGUUUUGGGAAUAACGGUCCUGUUGAAGCAAAUUCAUGGAAUUCCGUUUAGAGUUUUUUUUUUUUUUUUUCUUCCCCUCAACAGCUGUUGAUAUUCUAUCUGAUUGUUUAGGCGGGGCGUCUCAUCUGGCUGUCUUUAUCUUUCGCACGGCGUUUUGGAGGUCUAAGUGGGGAAAUUGGAUAGAUAUGGGACGGUGGGGUAAUUUGGAUCAAGUUUCCUCCUCAUAUUCUUAUUUUUCCCUCA